CUGGAGCUUUAAGAGCCGCUCCCCCCCCGCUCGCUCUUGACAAUGGUCUGAGCCGAGCUCUGCUUCUCAAAGCAAAAUUUGUAAUAUGCCAUUUUUCCUAUGGAUGCUUCUCCUCCUGGCUGCUGACGAAGUGACCGAAGAAAAUGCUGAGGUGCCGAGCAGCCUGUCGUGCCGGAGGACGAGCGCGAGGGCUGAGGGUUUCUCGGAGCAGCGCCGGUGUCACCAUUGCUAGGAAGAUGGUCCGGGAGUGCUCGGCUGCGUGAGAUCCCGCUCGGAGCCGGUGCAGACUGCGGUUAUUAUUGAUCAAGUGCAAUAGCAGACGCCGAAAUAAAAGACACUAGAGAUGAUGUGCGAAGUGAUGCCUACGAUAAAUGAGGACACCCCGAUGAGUCAACGGGGGUCCCAGAGCAGUGGCUCGGACUCGGAUUCUCACUUUGAGCAGCUGAUGGUGAAUAUGCUGGAUGAAAGGGACCGUCUCCUUGAUACUCUUCGGGAGACACAGGAAAGCUUGUCACUUGCACAGCAACGCCUACAGGAUGUCAUCUAUGACAGAGACUCCCUUCAGCGACAGCUUAACUCUGCACUGCCUCAGGAAUUUGCUGCACUGACAAAAGAAUUAAACGCAUGUAGGGAACAGCUGCUUGAAAAGGAGGAGGAGAUUUCAGAACUGAAGGCUGAAAGAAACAACACGAGACUGUUACUGGAGCAUUUGGAGUGCCUUGUCUCAAGACACGAAAGAUCAUUGAGGAUGACAGUGGUGAAACGGCAAGCACAGUCUCCUUCAGGAGUUUCCAGUGAAGUUGAGGUCCUCAAAGCUCUGAAAUCUCUAUUUGAGCACCACAAGGCUUUGGAUGAAAAGGUAAGGGAACGUCUGAGGGUUUCUUUAGAAAGAGUCUCUGCACUGGAAGAAGAACUCGCUGCUGCUAACCAGGAGAUUGUAGCUUUGCGUGAACAAAAUGCGCACAUUCAAAGGAAAAUUGCAGCUGGUGAAGGGCCUGCUGAAUCAGAGCAUAUUGAAGGAAUGGAGCCUGGGCAAAAGGUUCAUGAAAAGCGCUUAUCGAAUGGCUCCAUAGACUCAAAUGAUGAAACCAGUCAAGUUAUAGAACUCCAGGAGCUACUUGAAAAGCAGAACUAUGAAAUGGCACAAAUGAAGGAACGUUUGGCUGCACUGUCAUCCCGGGUGGGAGAGGUAGAGCAGGAAGCAGAAACUGCCAGAAAGGAGCUCAUUAAAACAGAAGAAAUGAACAGUAAAUAUCAGAGAGACAUUAGAGAGGCAAUGGCACAAAAGGAAGAUAUGGAAGAAAGAAUCACUACACUGGAGAAGCGCUACCUCAGUGCACAGAGAGAAUCCACCUCCAUACAUGACAUGAAUGACAAGCUGGAAAACGAACUGGCAAACAAAGAAGCCAUCCUACGUCAGCUGGAAGACAAGAACAGACAGCUUCAAGAACGUCUAGAGCUGGCGGAACAGAAGCUCCAGCAAACAAUGAGGAAGGCAGAAACCUUACCUGAAGUGGAGGCUGAACUGGCUCAGAGAAUUGCAGCUCUCACUAAGGCAGAAGAAAGACAUGGGAACAUCGAAGAACGUAUGCGGCACUUAGAAGCUCAGCUUGAAGAGAAGAAUCAGGAACUUCAAAGAGCAAGGCAAAGAGAAAAAAUGAAUGAGGAGCAUAACAAAAGAUUAUCAGAUACUGUAGACAGACUUUUGACAGAAUCCAAUGAGCGUCUGCAGCUGCACCUGAAAGAGAGAAUGGCAGCACUUGAAGAAAAGAAUGUGUUGAUUCAAGAAUCUGAAAGUUUCCGGAAAAACCUGGAAGAAUCUUUACAUGACAAGGAAAGACUUGCAGAAGAAAUUGAGAAACUGAGAUCUGAACUGGAUCAAAUGAAAUUGAGAGCUGGUUCUUUAAUUGAACCCACAUUGUCAAGGCCUCAUCUGGAUUCAUCAGCAGAGCUGAGGUAUUCUGUGGGCUCACUGGUGGAUAGCCAGUCUGACUAUCGGUCAACUAAAGUGAUAAGGCGACCUAGAAGGGGACGUAUGGGAGUACGCAGAGAUGAACCAAAGGUAAAAUCACUUGGUGAUCAUGAGUGGAAUAGAACUCAGCAGAUGGGCGUUUUGAGCAGUCAUCCAUUUGAAAGUGACACUGAAAUGUCUGACAUUGAUGAUGAUGAUAGAGAAACGCUUUUCAGUUCAGUUGAUCUGCUGUCACCAAGUGGUCAGGCUGAUGCUCAGACUUUGGCCAUGAUGCUUCAGGAGCAGCUGGAUGCAAUCAACAAGGAGAUCAGGUUAAUCCAAGAAGAAAAAGAGUCAACAGAACUGCGUGCAGAAGAGAUAGAGAACAGAGUAGCCAGUGUGAGUCUGGAAGGCUUAAAUCUAGCCAGAGUCCAUCAGGGUACAUCCAUUACUGGCUCAGUGACAGCAUCAUCACUUGCAAGCUCUUCUCCUCCCAGUGGGCACUCAACUCCUAAACUCACCCCUCGCAGCCCUGCCAGGGAGAUGGAUAGAAUGGGGGUUAUGACGCUGCCAAGCGAUCUAAGGAAACAUCGGAGAAAGAUUGCAGUAGUUGAAGAAGAUGGACGUGAAGAUAAAGCCACAAUCAAAUGUGAAACUUCUCCCCCUCCAACACCCAGAGCUAUCAGAAUGACUCAUACCCUUCCUUCUUCAUACCACAAUGAUGCCAGAAGUAGUUUACCUGCUUCACUGGAGCCAGAAAGUAUUGGUCUUGGCAGUGUCAGUAGCAGUCAGGACUCCCUGCACAAAGCUCCAAAGAAGAAAGGAAUCAAGUCCUCAAUAGGACGCUUGUUUGGUAAAAAAGAGAAGGCUCGACUUGGACAGCUCAGAGGUUAUAUUGAAACAGAAGCGGCAGCACAAGAAUCUCUGGGAUUAGGCAAACUUGGAACCCAAGCAGAAAAAGACCGAAGGCUAAAGAAAAACAUAUCUGGACAUGAACUUCUGGAAGAAGCUCGGAGGAAGGGAUUGCCCUUUGCUCAUUGGGAUGGUCCCACUGUUGUCGCCUGGUUGGAACUCUGGCUGGGAAUGCCAGCUUGGUACGUUGCUGCUUGCCGAGCCAACGUGAAGAGUGGAGCCAUCAUGUCAGCCCUGUCUGACACGGAGAUUCAAAGAGAAAUUGGAAUCAGCAACCCUCUUCAUCGCCUAAAACUCCGAUUAGCAAUCCAGGAGAUGGUAUCACUCACGAGCCCAUCGGCACCUCCAACAUCUAGAACACCCUCAGGCAAUGUUUGGGUGACCCAUGAAGAAAUGGAAAAUCUUGCUGCUCCAGCUAAAACGAAAGAGUCUGAAGAAGGCAGCUGGGCCCAGACCCUGGCCUAUGGGGACAUGAACCAUGAGUGGAUUGGCAAUGAGUGGCUGCCCAGCCUGGGCCUCCCUCAGUACCGCAGUUACUUCAUGGAGUGCCUGGUUGACGCGAGGAUGCUGGAUCACCUGACAAAGAAAGAUCUGCGUGUGCACUUGAAAAUGGUGGACAGCUUCCAUCGAACAAGCUUGCAAUAUGGAAUCAUGUGUUUAAAGAGACUGAAUUAUGAUAGAAAAGAACUGGAAAAGCGAAGAGAAAUGAGUCAGCAUGAAAUAAAAGAUGUGCUGGUGUGGAGCAACGACCGCGUCAUCCGCUGGAUACAAGCGAUCGGCCUACGGGAAUAUGCAAACAAUAUUCUAGAAAGCGGUGUGCAUGGCUCCCUUAUAGCACUGGAUGAGAACUUUGAUUACAGCAGUUUAGCUUUAUUAUUACAGAUUCCAACACAAAACACCCAGGCACGGCAGAUCCUUGAGAGAGAAUACAACAACCUUUUAGCACUAGGAACUGAAAGACGACUUGAGGAAAGCGACGACAAGAACUUCAGGCGCGGCCCCUCCUGGCGACGACAGUUCCCUCCCCGCGAGGUCCAUGGCAUCAGCAUGAUGCCCGGCUCCUCUGAAACGCUGCCAGCUGGCUUCAGGUUGACCACGACCUCAGGGCAGUCCCGGAAAAUGGCAACUGACGUUGCUUCAUCACGACUGCAGAGGUUAGACAGCUCAACAGUUCGCACAUACUCAUGCUGACAAGGCCUAGCAAAGACGCCAGCACUGAAUUGCUAUGUCAUCUCUUUCUUCUACUUUACCUGAAGUGCACUACCACUACUUAGGAAAAAAAGAACAUUAAAACUCUCUGCAAGAACAGGGUAAUAGGGAAGAGAAAACGAAGUUUCACAGAUCUGACGUUCUUUUCACAUAUUGGUUAAUUUAAAACAAUACUAAAAAUGAAGUCUAAAUUGCUUUAAAAAAAAAUAAAAUAAACAAACUAAGAGAAGAACAAAACAACCUCCCCCUUUUCCUCUCAGCAUUUCUGUCAUCAGAAAUUUGGCAGUAGUACACAUCCAAAGCUUUUAUCAAAUGAAGCCACUCAUUUUUACAUUGUUCCAUCUGUUUUAAUGUAAAAUACUAGACAUUACGUAUUUACUGUGUAUGUAUUUCUUUUAAAAUGUGUAAGUCUUAUGUAAAUGGUUAUAAAUAUGAUUUUUUUAAAAUAAAAUCUAUGGUACAUGGGGUCUCAGUGCAAACAUUUGACAAUACAGUGUCAAUAAUACUGUUUGUAUCUUUCCAUUACACCAUUUUUACGGUUUUUGAAUUGUAAAAGUCAAACAAAUAUGUUUAGCAGAGUUAGAAGCUUCAACAUGUUCCUACUGAAAAAUCUGUCAGUAUUUCAAGCUGAACACCUGCCUCUGAUGAUGUAUAAUAGAAUGACAUAACCUGGAACUGGAGCCAAAAUGGACCUCUAAAGACAGAAUUAAUGUCAGAUACCUAUAGAGAAGCACCAUGAUGGCUCACCUCUUAAAGACACACACAUAAACCCAGAAGAACUGUUUACAGAAAAAAAGAAAAAGAAAAAAAGGAAAAAAAAAAAAAAAAAAGAAAAAAAAAAGAAUUUAAUAAACGUGAUUUAUAUGAAAACCAAAAACUUUCUUCUAUGUUACCUGCGGACCAAGAAGAAUCUUGCUUUACCAAGAGCCACCUUUUCGUUCCAGGAUCUUCAGACACCAGCCAGCAUUGGAAUAUCAAAACUAGUAAUUGCUUAAAAUGAGAUUCUCAAGUUUUCAAACAUAUUCCAUGAAGAAAAUGAAAGAGAAGCUAAACCCCACAAUUUCUUCAUCACAACAGGGCAUUAGACAGGCUCCUGUCUAACGUUAAGCUUUUAGCCAAGAUGGCCUUGCUGAGACUUCACCGAAGUCUGUUUUAUCAGAGGAAAUAAUUGAAAGACAGAGUGAUUAAUAUAUAGUGUAUAAAAGUUUAGAAGAGCAACUAUUACCUGCUGUGGCUUUAUUUGGUGGUGUUAUUGUUGUUUAUUCUUUGUUUAAAUGGGAAGUUUCAAAGUAAGACCUACUUAAUAGUCAUUUACCUAUUUGCUAUUUUUCUGCUGCUUGAUCUUAGCUCAAGACCUGUCUUUUAGUUAUUUCUUUUAGCAGUUUGAUCUGCAAUGUUUGCACGUACAUAAACAUUUGUUUUGUCUAUUUCAUUUGGCAAACUUCAGUCAAUCAGAUGGUGAAAGAUUUUUCUCCCCCAAUGUCAAUAAAAAAGAAUUCAGUGCUA